GACUACGACCUUGUGAUGGAUGGGCUGAAGAUGAGGACCAGGAAGCUGCUGUAUCCCACCGAAAAGGUCUGGGUGGACAAGCAUAAGUACGACGAGGCCGAGAGGCUUCACUACGAGCGAGAAGCAGCUUUAGCUGCCUCGGCUGCCAGGCCUGGCCAGGAGCUGGUCGCCGUCAACGGCUUCUGCCACGAGGAGCGUGCCGAGGAAGAGUUGCAGGCUGAGCUGCGGCGGGCAGGGAGUGGCAAGAAGCAGAAGAAAAGGAAGUGUUCCCCCAAAGCCAGGUCUUGGGACCCCCAAAUAGAUCCUGUCUUGGUGGGGCUGCUGGCUGACCACGUAUGGUUUGACAAGCCGCGCUUUGACCAAGCGGAAUCGGCCUACCACCUCAAGCUCGCCGACUCGUUGCCCACUCUGCCCUCGGUGUGGCUUCAAGAUGUGGAGCCAGCUGCUGCGGUGCUUCGGCCCGAAGACGCCGUCCAGGCGGACGCCGAGCUCAGCAGAGACCCGGCCUUCUUGCGCUGCAGCCACGGCGGCCUCACGGCGUGCCACCACGUCGUCCAGGACGUGUGGCUGAACAAAUUCCACUUUGACGACGCCGAGAAGGUCUUUGUCGAACAGUCGCAACUUCUGACGUUCCCCUACUUGCUGCAGCCGCCCUCGCUCCUGAAGCUGGCCAGUGCCGGGCCCGUCACGCCGGACGAGGGCUACGUGACGGCCCUGGCUACUCCUUCCACCCCAGCCCACGUGGCCGAUGCGGUGGUCAUCCCGGCAGACGACGCAAACCAGACGGUGAACGGCAAACCUCCGGGCUCCGGUUUGCGAGCUCUGCUGUCGGAAGUUUGGCUGGAGAAGCCGAUUUACGACGACGCCGAGCGGUGCUUCUACGCCAACAUGUUUGAUGGCCACCCUCCCGGAAAGGUGAGGCUGCAGGAACGUGGCCACGUGGAUCUCCCCAGAAAGGGCCGGAAAGAGAAGAAGAGCCGGAACAGCCUAAGGAAGCAGCCUCCGGGCAAGCGGGGGAACACCACCGCCGCUGGGGCACCGAUGCCGCAGGAAAUUUCAGCAGCUGCACCACCACAACCUCCCGCCUGGCACUUUAUGCACCCGGACACGGAAUCUUUGUGGUUCAGCAAACCCACGUACGACAACGCAGAAGCCGCCUUCUACGCCUCCCUUGCCCACGAAGAGGCCAGCAGACUGUCUGAAGCCACGCAAGCCGCAGCCACACAACCCACUGCCCAGCCUCCGAGCGCACCAGAGCCUGAAUCUAAGAAAAUGGCAAGCCACUUCCUCAUGCACGAGAAGAUCUGGUUCGACAAAUUCAAAUACGACGAUGCCGAGAAGCGGUACUACGAACAGCUGAACGGUCCGGCCCGCAGCUCAGCCUGCCCAAAGAACGGCGCCAGCACCAUCCUGCGGGACAUUGCCAGAGCCAGGGAGAAUAUCCAGAAGUCACUCGCCGGACAGUCGGGACCAGGAGCUGACUCAGGACCAGCCGGAGACCAAAGCGAGGUGGCCACCAGGAUCGCCAACUUGGAGGCAGAAAACCAACAGCUGCGUAGCGUGGUCACAAACCUCCAAGUGGCGAUCUCCAAACUGGAAUGCCGUCUGAGCGUGCUGGAAAGGGCAUCAGCUUCCCAUCAUCUUUCCCCUUCUCCACCAACACAGCACGUCACUCCCAUGAAGAAAGUGGAGCCCCUGACCCUGCCCUGCAAGAAGGUGGUACUCCCUGCAGCCUCACCUGCCAUCAAAGAAGAAUCCCCGGCGGGUGCCGCCGCCCCCGCCAGCGAGGAAGACGAUGAGAUCGACCUGUUUGGCAGCGAUGACGAAGAGGAAGACCAGGAAGCUGCCCGCCUUCGGGAAGAGCGGCUAAAGCAGUACGCAGAGAAGAAGUCGAAGAAGCCGGGCCUGAUUGCCAAGUCCUCCAUCCUUCUGGAUGUCAAGCCGUGGGACGACGAAACAGACAUGGCCAAAAUGGAGGAAUGUGUCCGGUCUGUUCAGAUGGAUGGCCUCGUCUGGGGCGCCUCCAAGCUGGUCCCGGUGGGCUACGGCAUCAAGAAACUCCAGAUCCAGUGUGUGGUGGAGGAUGACAAAGUCGGAACAGAUAUCCUGGAAGAGGAGAUUACCAAAUUUGAAGAUUAUGUGCAGAGUGUUGACAUAGCUGCUUUCAACAAGAUCUAACGGCAGACCUUUUACCCUUUCUAAAGCUAAUAAAUGGUUAAGAGUUGGAGAGCAAUGCCGGGAGCUUCUCUUUCACUGUGGCCUAAGAAAUCCGGUAUUUUGACGUUUCAGCUGCAGGAAGCCACAUCAGCGGCACCUGGGAUGUAAAUUAUUGCUUCCGGAGGUCACUCAUUUUGGACGCCGUGUUUAAAUUGCUCCGUUGCUCCCCCGUAGGAGAAAAGACCCACUGUCAGAGUGUGCGCAGUCUUAUUGCACUGAGAUAACUCGGGUAAACACAGUAAAAAGUGGUUUGUAUCAAA